AUGCCGCCGCGUUUGAACCUGUUCUCCGUGAGGGCUCCAGUCCCCGUCCUCCGUCAGCCCUCGACGCCCAUCGCCACUGCGCUGAACACCAACCGAACCUAUGCCGCUCGCGGAAUCACGUCCUCGUCGCGGACGCAACGGAGAUGGAACUCGUCUGGCUCUGGAGGCAAAAAUGAUUCGAAAUUGAACAGCACGACAAAGGAGCAAUUGCCUCAUGUGAGCGAGGAGGCCGCGGAGAUGAGGAAAAUCAUGGACAAGAAGUGCGACGGAACUGCGGCGAGUCCGGAGUUGGAGCAGGGAACUCCCAUUCAGGAGAUCCUCAGGCGUGACAAGGAAGCCCUGAAGCAUGCCCCCAAGGUCAUGCAGGACCAGGUGAAGGGCCCUUCGGGCUCUCGUUCGUUUUCGACGUCGACCCGCCGCCGCCAGGCGGACCUCCACGGCCAGAACGCGGGUUUCGACGACCAGACUGCCGCCGUCGUGGCCAACAUGAUUUCCCAUGUCGACCAGCAGGCCGCGGAGCUGCACCCGGGCCUCAAGUUUGAAGCGCCCGAGACUCUUCCCAAGACCGAGAACUUCCGCACGCGAUAUGACUCGCUGUUGGAACAGUUUACGAAGUUGCUGAUGCGGGAUGGCAAGUUGAGCAAGGCGCAGAAGAACAUGGCCUUCAUUCUGGACCAUCUCCGCACCGCCUCUCCUCCCCAGCCCAACCCUAAGCGUCGUCUGCUCCCCGGUCCCCCGGGCCCUCAACUCCCCUUGAACCCCGUCCUCUAUCUUACGCUGAUCGUGGACUCGGUGGCUCCUUUGAUCAAGAUCCGCCAGCAGAAGGGUAUUGCUGGUGGUGGUGCGUCCGUGCAGAUUCCCGUCCCUCUCAUGCAGAGACAGCGUCGGAGAACUGCCAUCCGGUGGAUCAUCGACGCCUCCGACAAGCGCCGUGACAGCCACUUUGCGCAGAGAGUCGCGAAUGAGCUGGUGGCAGUUGCGGAGGGCCGUAGUGGCGUGUGGGAUCGGAGAGAACAGGUGCACAAGCUUGGUGUCGCUGUUAACUUCUUUAUGCUUUGGGAUAGUUUGGAUUUUACCGGGAUGGCCGAGUGGCUGACUAACCCCCUCCAGCCAAGCUCUCCAAGACUCUCCAACGAAUUUCCUCCACCUGUGCGACACAAGUCACCUAUCUCCAUGUGCCGGCGGAGACUCGAAGCUGGAUCCGUUCCGUCGCUCCACGCCGACCCCCAUUCUGCUCCGGACUUCCUGUUUAGCACCGUGUCGUCGAAUGCUGUUGGACGGUCGGUGGCACGCUUCGCUUCUGCGACGGGUGCCUCUUCCCACGAUCUGGACGUGAUCCGUUCCUCGAGUAUUGAGCUCCAAGACUAUCCUGUCACACCCGCCAGCCGUCCCCGCCAGUCACACAGUGAAUCUCGACUGCGGUCCUCCCCACAAUCUGAUCAGGCGACAACACCUGGAUUUCAGUCGUGGACUCGGGAAGCAUCUUAUUCGGAGAAACCUGUCCGUCUUUGGGUUGAAGCUCUUCGCCGUCGUGCACAGAGGCCUCGCGACGUCGACGCCAAGAUGAAAUUCUCCCACAGUAUCCAGUUCAAUGCGGUUCCGGAAUGGAGCUCGUAUUAUAUUGCGUACAGUAAUCUGAAGAAGCUGAUAUAUUCUUUGGAACAGCAAGCUCACCGCGGCGCCGGACAAGCUCUCGUCGACGUGGAAUCGGCGCCAUUGCUAGAUGGUGAAACCCUAGACCCAGAUACAAUCUUCCAACGGGCGCUCUCCGCCGAGCUAGAGAAGAUAUGCACCUUCUACCGCGAGAAGGAGGCCGAGAUCCUGGAGGAGAUGGACCAGGUGGUCAAAGAUGCUGAGGAAUACGCUGCCCAGGCUGACGGGGUCAACGUCGACCCCAUGAGCGAGAAUAUGCAUAAGGCCCGGACGACGAGCACCAGUUCGCGACCACGGACCGGAAGUAUCUACCGGGAUUUCCCUCUCGGGUCAGACCGCCGUCGGAGCACCGUCAGCGAGACCGCCGCCGAGGACGACUACGACGACGAUGCAGACAGCGACGACGACCGUCCGCUCGUUGAACAUGAGAGAUCGCAGUCGCAUGGGUCCGGUCUCGACGACAGCCACAUGGACGGCACGAGGGACUCGGCGUUUAUGGGUGACUCGCGACUGCUCGGGUUCAACUCCCACAACCGCAUCGCCAGUCAGGUGGAGCAGUUCGGUGACCCCCGAGUCCUGGACCUGUACAACUCCGGACUGUCGCUGAAGAAGCGGGCGGUGAACGCAUACGUCUCGCUGUGCGGGCUGAAGUCGUACAUCCAGCUGAACAAGACCGGGUUCUCGAAGGCGCUGAAGAAGUACGAUAAGACGCUCGAUCGCAGUCUCCGGCGCGAGUAUAUGAAUUCGACGGUCUCGCCGGCGUACCCGUUCACGGAUGCCACCAUGGAGAAGAUCGAUGAUCGUAUCCACAAGAUCGAGGAGGUCUACGCCAACGUGGUCACCGGCCGGAAUCUACAGCUCGCCAGACGAGAGCUUCGGCUGCACCUGAGAGAGCAUGUGGUCUGGGAGAGGAACACCGUGUGGAGGGAGAUGAUCGGCAUCGAGCGAAAGGCUCAGGCGGCCAAUGUCGGCAUCCGCAGGACACUCCUCGGAGGUGAUGAGGAUCCCGCUACCGCCCGACGCCAGGGCGACGAACUGGCAAAAGAAGCCAAGGAGUUCCGGACGCCUCUUGGGGUGUUCCAUCCGCCGGAAUGGCUCUGCAGCUUGAGCUUUGGCACGCUCAUCUUCAUCCUGGCGGUUUUCGUCACGUUACUUACGGUGCCGGUGAUGGAUAAACCGGAGCAGCAAAACUGUCUGGCCAUGCUCGUGUUUGUGAGCUUGUUGUGGGCUACAGAGGUGAUUCCGCUGUUCGUAACGUCCCUUCUCAUUCCCUUUCUCGUGGUGCUACUGCGGAUCAUGAAGUCGGAGGACAAGCCUCACCACCGUCUGGGACCGAAGGAAGCCACAAGCGUUGCAUUUGGCGCGAUGUGGACGCCGGUGAUCAUGUUGUUGCUCGGAGGGUUUACGAUUGCAGCCGCCUUGUCGAAAUACGACAUUGCGCGGCGCAUGGCGAUGUUCGUGUUGAGCAAGGCCGGGUCCAAUCCUCGGGUGGUGCUUCUCACAAACAUGUUUGUUAGCAUGUUUUUGAGCAUGUGGAUCAGCAACGUGGCGUCGCCUGUUCUGUGCUACUCGAUCAUCCAGCCUCUACUCCGCAACCUCCCUCCGGAUUCCAACUUCGCCAAGGCUCUCGUUUUGGGCAUUGCGCUUGCAGCGAACGUUGGAGGAGCGGCGUCGCCGAUUGCGUCCCCGCAGAACAUCAUUGCGCUGCAGAACAUGUACCCGAGCAUCAGCUGGGGAACAUGGUUCUUCGUGGCGCUUCCGGUGUGCAUCAUUUCGAUCCUCCUGAUCUGGGCGCUUCUGCUAUUUACCUUCCAUCCCAGCCGGGGCACGACCCUGGUUCCCAUCCGACCGAUUCGGGAAAAGUUCACCGGCGUGCAGUGGUUCAUCAGCGCCGUCACCCUGGGUACGAUCAUCCUGUGGUGCGUCAGCCACCAGCUGGAGCACAUCUUUGGCGACAUGGGCGUCAUCGCGAUCAUCCCGAUGGUGCUGUUCUUCGGCACGGGCAUUCUCAACAAGGAAGACUUUAACAAUUUCCUCUGGACGAUCAUCAUCCUGGCGGCGGGGGGCCUGUGUCUCGGAAAGGCGGUCACGUCGUCGGGCCUGCUGCAUGCGCUGGCGAACAGCAUCCGGACGCGGGUCGAAGACCUCAGUUUGUACGGGGUGCUGAUCGUGUUUUCUGCGUUGAUCCUGGUGGUGGCCACGUUCAUCUCGCAUACGGUGGCGGCGCUAAUCAUGCUGCCGCUGGUUCGCCAGAUCGGGGUGGGCAUGGCGGAUCCGCAUCCGAACCUGCUGGUGAUGGCGAGCGCGCUGAUGUGUUCGGUUGCGAUGGCGUUGCCUACCAGCGGGUUCCCUAACAUGACUGCGAUCAUGACGGAGGUGCCGCAGACGGGCCAGCGAUACCUGCAAGUGCGGCACUUUUUCACACGGGGUAUCCCGUCGAGUUUGAUGUCGUUUGCGGUGAUUGUAACUCUUGGAUAUGGGCUGAUGUAUAUAGCGGGGUUGUAG